AUGGCGGGGAAAAUCAUACCCAAGUCAAAUCGGAGCCUGUACUCGACGUUCAUGUUCUCCGGCACAAUAUUCGGAGGUUUCUUCGGUCACAUUUUCAGUGGCUUGGUCAUACCGUUGGUGUCCAACGACGGAAGUUUCUUCAUGCUUUCCGUCUUCGGGUUCAUCUGGACCGCGAUGUGGACGACCAUGAUACACGUGACGCCCUACGAACGUACCCAUGAUGCCAGCAACCACUCCAUGAUGCUGUUUUCGACACCUUGGUCGACGAUCCUCCAGACACCAUCGUUCGUCAGCUUGCUAGUCGCUUGUAUGGGGUAGGUAAACUUUGAGUACUGUUUCAAUUUUCAUUAUUUUUCAAAAAAAAAAAUUAGCGUUAUUCAGUCUGUUCAGAAAAAUAAAAUGAAGAUUGAAAAGGAAACGGUUAUAGAUACAAUCCCAGAUGCUCAUUUAGGGAACAAAAGAGUGACAUAUUUCAUUUUCCCCCCCUGGAAAACAUUAAAACCUACAACGAAUUGUUUUUCUUGGACCUUGAUGCGAGGUGCACGGCGCAAAGCAUUAAUGAUUAUUGAUUCACCCUCUUGUAAUGGACUUAUCAUAACUCCAUAUAAUUUUUUUUAAAGGUUUUGUAUUCUUAUAUUCAUACAUUAAUUUAUAUAUUAGUUUUAAAUUUCAUGUUUUGAAACCGAAUUUCAAUUUGUCCUUUAUCUAAAAAUUACCUUAAUGGCACUCAUGGAUACGAUUGAGAUUUAAGAGUGAUAGAUUAUAAUUAUAGGUCUUAUAGAUUUAGGGGUUAAAUUUUUGGUACGUAGGGUAUAUUGCAUUUGCUUGCCUAAAAUUUUGUAUUCUGUAUUGACCCGUUAGGAAUAGCCAUGCGGACUGCACCAGUGAACCACAAAAGAAAAAAAAUUAAUUGACAAUUUCUAAGAAAUUAUGCUGUAGAAAAUAUUGAUAAUAGUUAUCAGUCUGUUGAUCAGUUUUAUAUUAUAACCAGUAACUAUUAACAAUAGAUAAAUCAUUACAGUUUAAAAUAAAUUCUAUAUAAUUUAUUCCUCUCAUUAAUUAUUAUACAUAAUAUAUUAGGUACAAAAAACGUAUGCUUUUUGUAUCUUAGUAUGUAUGCAGCGACAUUUAAGUAUUUUAUGAAUUUAAGACUUAAGUAGUAUUGCAAUAGUUAAGAGCUAAAAACUAAUAAAUAAAUUAAGCCAUGAAUGCAAAGAUGACUUUUUGAAUAUUAAAUACUAUUAAAACUCCCCCCCUCCCUCCUCAUCUAGGGUAACUUGAAUCAAAGUCUAAGCUCCUAUGAAUUGUAUCAAUAAGCUAUUAAUAAUUUAAAAUAUUUUGAAAAAAAAAAUAAUGGCCUGCUCAAUAUGCGUAAAAAAAAAAAACUAAAAUUACGCCCCUGUAUAGAUUAGGUACCUAGUUAUAGAAAAAUACACUUUUAUUACGAAUAUGUCAUUGUAGUAAAUUUAAAAUUAAGUAUUCAUCUUUUUUGUUUUUAUCCAGUUGAUUUAUUUUAAUUAGGUUUGUUUAGGUUAUGUUAGUGAUGUUAGCAUAAAUAAAGAUUACAUUUAUAAUUUCAGUUUAUAUUAAAUACCAAUAUACUAGAGAUAGAAAUAACGGUAUAAAUAAUUUUCCAAUAUAAUUUCUUACUUAAAAAUUUGAUAUAAGUACCUUUACAAGUUGUAGCUUAAUUUGCAUGUCUAUGUACCUACCUAAUUUCUAUAUUAUACAGUAUAAUAACAAAAUGUGUUUUUGGAAAACGACACUUUCGAGUUACAAAUAAAGUUAAUUAUAAAUUAUGUAUUUUCAACAAAGGUCUAAUCCAAUCACACUCAAUACACCCACAAUCUAUACUUAUUUACAUUGAACGGUUAUUACAUUUUAAAAUGACAGCAAAGAAUUUGUAAGUUCACUUAUAUAGGAAAGUUUUUAAUCAAUUUCUCGUUUACUUACUUAAAUACACAUUAUGAGUUCCGACCGCAAUUUAUUAUAAUAUAAACUUACAGAUAUCCACCGAGCCUUUUGUUAUUUGUAUUUUUAUUGUAGUAUUAAUAACGAAUGGCCCAGAUCUAUAAUGGACUUUUCAUAGUAUUGUUUUUUGACGGUAAAAAAUUGACUUGGUAACUUCGAUAUACCCAUUAUUGUAUAUCGUUUGAUUUUUCAGUCUUCCUGAUGUUAUUGCCACCCAAAAAUUCUUCCCCGUUCUUUUCUGACUUCUGUUUUCACAUAAUCAUGCAAAAAAAAAUAAUUUUGUUUUUUGCAGAUUCGGAUAUUUAUACAGCUUUGUCACUACCGCCAUACCGAUCUACUUUGCCAAAAUCUUGGGCGGUGACUACAUAAAGAACGGUAUUUCUGUGUCUAUUAAUUGGCUGAUCUGUUGGUUGACAGCAAUAUUCGCGGGACUAUUAGCCGCGUCGUUGACGAACGUUAAUGACACGUCGACCAAGACGAUCGUCAGAAAAGUAUACGCCGGUAUAGUGCUAAUCCUGUCGCCAAUGAUGUUGUUGGGCGUUAUGUUGGCCGAUUGCAACAAGUCGUUGGUCCAAAAUUUUCUCAGUAUGUCCGUCAUACUCUUGGCCUUCGAACGGGCCAGUCUGCGGAUAAAUGCUCUAGACCUGUGUCCAGGUGAGUCCGGGCUGAACAUGUCUAUGAUUAGGUUGAAAUAA